AUGGCCCAAGAGGUGGUGUCCCACAUGUCCAAGAUCCUAACCAAUCCCGGGAGCGCCUGCGAGCAGGCGAUCGAGCGAUCCUUCACCAAGCGAAACUGGCGGCAUGUGGUGAUGUACGCUAUCGAUCCGACCCAGUACUUGUUCAUGGAGUUCCAUAAGGAGUGGGAGACAUUCAAACAGGGCCUCGUCGACAGGUACUGUCAGGAGCUGAAGAACAACUUCGGCAACUGCCUCCGAGUCGCCGAAGAGCGCAUGCAAGACCUCCUUGCAGGCGGGAAUCUCGAUGGCGUGAAGGACCUCACCAUGAACAAGCUUUCGCAGGUUCUGAAGGAGGUGUGUGCAGAGCUGGCGGACGACUCACUGUCCGCAGUGCUAUGUGGCUGCCUGCCGUCCUUUCAGGCCGGCCGGAUAAGGGUUUAG